GGCGCCUGUAUAAGGAAGAAGCGCCGUGUUUUCUACUGUGAUGACAGAAACCGACGGUACCGGCAUAUGAGUAGCUCUUUCCUCUGCACAUACCUAACCGGACUCGACCUUCCCUGCAAAGUCAAAUAAAAACCUUCAGACCCCCAGAAUACGUAAUAUACAUAGUGAAUACUUUUAGAUUCAGAAAAUUUAAUGUCGGGAAUUGAUACACAGAUAAAUCAUAUGAUGGAGACGGAGAUCCACGUGCCGGUGGGGUCACCGGUGAUCAGAAAAUAUCCGAUAUUCGUGGACGAGCACAAUGUGACGGAGGGGGCGAUGAAGCUGAUCAAAGAGCUCAGACCGCGCUGGGACCCGAACCUGAUCCGGACCAAGCUUUUCACCGAUGGCACAACUAACAAACUGGUGGGGUGUUAUGUGGAGGACUGCCUCGAGGAUGUGGUGCUGGUGAGGGUGUACGGCAACAAGACAGAGCUGAUCGUGGACCGAGACAAUGAACUGAAGAGCUUCCAGGUUCUGCACGCCAACGGUUGCGCGCCCCGACUUUACUGCACCUUCCAGAAUGGCAUCUGCUACGAGUUCAUGCAAGGACGUGCUCUGGAUACUCAAGACGUCAGGGACCCUGUGUUACUCAGACUAAUCGCACGUGAAAUGGCCAGCAUUCACGCCAUCCACGCACACAACGGCUGCAUCCCCAAAUCCAACCUAUGGAUCAAAAUGCGCAAGUACUUCUCGCUGGUGGCCACUGAGUUCACAGACCAAGCAUCUAAUGUCAGAAUUCAGCAGGAAGUGCCCAGCCAGGAAGUUUUAGAACAAGAAAUGAUGUGGAUGAAGGAACACCUGUCGCAGCUGGGUUCUCCUGUAGUGCUCUGUCACAAUGACCUGCUAUGCAAGAACAUCAUUCACAAUGAAAAGGAAGGUCAUGUUCGGUUUAUUGAUUAUGAAUACUCAAGUUACAACUACCAAGCAUUUGACAUUGGAAACCAUUUUAAUGAAUUUGCAGGCAUGAGUGAACCAGACUUCAACCUUUAUCCCAGUCGAGAAAUGCAGUUGGACUGGUUGCACACUUAUUUGCAGGCCUACAAGCUCUCUAUCAAGAAAGGUGAAGAGGUCAGCCAGCAUGAACUGGAGACACUCUACGUUCAGGUCAAUAAAUUUGCUCUGGCUUCACAUUUCUUCUGGGGUUUCUGGGCCCUGAUCCAAGCCAAGUACUCCACCAUCGAAUUUGACUUCCUCGGGUAUGCCGUGCUACGUUUUAAUCAGUACUUCAAGACCAAACCUGCAGUAAUGGCCCUGGAGAUCCCCAAAUGAGACGUCAAGAUUGAGAGGAGAGUACUGAUAUCUGUUGACCUCAUCAUUGACCGUUUGACUAUGGAAUCAGAGGCCUUUUUAGUCAGGGAAGGGUUAUGAGGUGCAGCAGGGGUGAGCACUGGGACUUCUUAUGAUUGGUUGACAACUUGUCUGCCAAGUCAUAAUACCACAAAUUCUUGAUUCCUUUUUCAAACACUAUGUUUCUCUUUGGGACUCAACUUUUAGUUGAUCAGCUUUCCCUUGAAAUGAGUGUGUUAUUUAUGUUUUAAUUACAGAUUAUUUAUUAAUUAUCAUUAGGCACUUGUUUUUCACCAAAGUAGUUCUUGUGCUCUUGGAGCCGACUUUGCUUUGGGACUUCUUGUUAUGGGUUUUGCGGUGUGAGAGCCAUAGCAAACUUAUGCAGAAUUGGCUGUGAAGGAGGCCUGCAGUGAUGUUGAUAUUGUGGGCAUUGACUAACACGAAACAUUCAGCCUGUGGCAUCAUAAUCCUGAUAAUGGAUGUGGCCCACCGUUGUUUCUUUUGCAAUGACAAAUGCUCGAAGUCCAAAAAAAUGGGGUUAUGUGUAAAAAUCUAGGCUGGUAAUACAAAAGUUUCUGUUUAAGAGCCAAGAAGUUGACUCAGGAGCUAAAUAGUUACCAAGGUCAAAAUCCUACCCUAUUACGCACUUGAGCAAAUGACUUAAACCCUGCAAUUAGUCCCCUCUAAGUCACUUUGGAUGAAUGACGUCAGCUAAAAGGCAAGUAACCAAGUAACCAUUGAAGUCAAUGUGACCUCACUCGAGACAUUCCCAAGAAGUCAGGUCCACCAGACCCCUCAGCGUCUCAGCCACAUUUCCACCUAUUUAGCUUUUAAUGUUUGUGAGGAGUUCUGUUGAAUUUUCCACUCGUCACUGGCUGUGGUGUAUUACCACCUGCCUCCCUCUUCCCCCUCCUUCUCUUGCUGUCUGUCCUAAAUGCGUUUGCAUCACCUGGCAGAGCUCAAACUGAGAUUUGAAAGUCAUUAUCUGCUCAAUGAAUACUAGGCUCAUUCCUAAUCUAACCCCACCAAACG